AUGGCGAUGGUAGUGCAGCUUCUUUUUGUUCUCUUCAGUUUUGUCUCGAUCGCAGAGCCCAGUAACGUGUUCAGAUUGGUAAACAAUUCUGUUCAACUGGACAUACAGCAUCUUGUAACAGAGAAAGAUGACUUAUUCUGGGUGUUGAAUGAAACCAAAAAUGUUCUAAAAUAUAAUAAAAAACAUAAUGAUAUUACACCCUCUACAUUUUAUGAAGGCAGAGUGGAGUUCAAUAAGGAAACCUACAGUCUGACACUGAAGAACUUACAGAAGACUGAUAGUGGACUGUAUAAAGCAAAAGCGUCUGGUGAUGUGGACAGAGUUGUUGCUGAGUACAGACUCUCUGUGUUGGAUCCAGUGGAGGCUCCAGUCCUGACUCACCAGCUAAGCAGAGACACCUGUAACAUCACUCUCACCUGUAGAGGUCAUGACCUCUCUAUCAACUCCAGCUGUUACAAGGAAACCUGCAAGAAGAAGGAAGUGACAUCACCUGAAGACAUCACCCUUUCCCUGUCUGUCAGUGGGAGCACCAUCAUUUGUAACCAUAGCAACCCAGUCGGCUGGAAGAAGGAUGUUUUGGAGAUGAGAGAACUUAAACGACACUGUGCCGAUGAAGGCUUAAACUGGCUUUGGCUUCUUGCGGUGGCAGUGGGAUUCUUCGUUCUAAUUGUUAUCAUCAUCAUUUUUUUAUAUCGUUGCCAGAAGAGAUCAACAGGUCCGAUACAGUGCGAGAACACAGUCUAUGCAGAAGUUGAGAGAAAUGGUGCAGCAUCACCACCUAUCGCGCUGGAGAGCCCUUCUACUGUGUACAGUGUUGUAGGGAAGAAACCACAACCUACAAGUAAUGGACAGUCUAGUCAGACUCCAGUUCCUGAAAAUGAGCAGUCGACCUCAGCGGAUAUCACUGUUCCUAACACCUAUGAAUCAGUUCCAGAUCAGAUGCAACUUAUGAAACCUGAAACCAUUUAUGCUACAGUUUCAAAACCCAGCAAAGCAAAACCCAGCAAAGCUGUGAAUCAAGCAAAAUAGGAUGAAGCCGCAUCAGAUAUGAGGAGUUAAAGCCCCUCUUGAUCUACACAGUUGGCUAAGAAGGUCAUCUCAUGGAAGUCCACAAAAGUACAUCUGGCCCUUGUCUAAGUCGGAAAGAUGGCUUUGGCCCACUGCUGAUCACAGUCAGAUACAAGUUUCACAAUAUAAACGGAAUAGUCUCAUCCUAUAUCUAAUUUGAAAAUAUACUGAUAUACUGCAAAAAGUUGAUACACCGCCAAGCCCUAUAACACACCACUCCACUACCAGUAGUUAGCUAAUGUUGGGUAGUUAGCGUCACUGACUACAUUGACAUUAAUAUCAAAACAGUGGAAACAAAACAGGAGGAAAAUCCAUAUGCAAGUAGUGUUUUUUUUAAAUCACUCUUAUUCGAUGGUCCAUUUACACAAGUAAUAGAUUGGGGUGAAAUACACUAUAUUUCCAAAAGUAUUCGAUCAUCUGCCUUCACACACAUAUGAACUUGAGUGACAUCCCAUUCUUAAUCCAUAGGG